CGCCUGAGGUUUUUCAUGAUAAAAUACAUACAAAGGCUGCAGACAUCUAUUCGUUCGGAAUGGUUAUGUGCGAAAUAUUUAUUGGCGCUUCUCCUUUUAGCAAUGUUGAUUGUGAUAAUGAAGAAGAAAGUAAAGCCCUUGCGAUUGAAAUCUGUAACGGGAAGCGACCAGAAAUUCAAGAUCUGCCCCCUUUAAUAGCUGAAUUGAUAAAAACAUGUUGGGAUGCUGAUCCAGCAAGACGACCACCCGCAGAGGACUUAUAUUCGAGGGAACUAUCACCUAUUAGUGUGCCAUCUAAAAAUACUAACACGGAAAAAAAGACAGAUCACCUCAAUCACCUCAAUCACCUGUAUUAUGAAAUUGAUGUAGCCGGAAAGAAAGAUGAUCAAGCAAACUGA